GAUAAGUCUCUGUCUUGGAUAAGCAUCCAAAUAAUACAUAUUGAGGCGAGUCAAAAUGUUGGGACGAAAGGACUUUUACUGUCCUACAUAUGACGUUGACUAGCCAUAAUCUGCGCCAUGCAGCCAUGCAGCCAUGCAACCAUGCACAACUACAAUACCUAGGUAGUCAUAGUUCUCAGUAAUCAUGGCAGACACCACUACCACUACCACUAGCCCCCUUCUCCAGCAUCGCCGUUACGACAACGGCAAAACCAAGGGGUUGUCAACGUUAGCAAACAGUGAAGAUGUAAACCACCAGCAGCCCUCCAAGAACCCCCCAGCCCCAACCGUCCUCCAGCAGCACGUCGCCUUCUUCGACCGCGACAACGACGGCGUCAUCUGGCCCGGGGACGUCUACCGCGGCUUCCGCGACCUCGGCUUCCGCGUGCUCUUCUCCCUCGGCUCCCUGCUCAUCCCCAUCUUCUUCUCCUACCCCACACGGCUGGGCUGCUCGUGGCUUCCUGACCCGUGCCUGCGCAUCUACGUGCGCGACAUCUACAAGGCGAAGCACGGCUCCGACUCGGGAGUCUACGACUGCGACGGGCAUUUUCGCGCCGACCAGUUCGACCGCUUGUUCGGCCGGGUUGACACCGGCGGCACCGGCGGCCUCGACGUCGCCGAGCUGGCUGCCAUGUGGCGCAAGAACCGCUGCGCUGCUGACCCGGCCGGCUGGAGCUUUGCGUUCAUGGAGUUGUGGACGACGUGGCUGUUGCUGCAGAAAGAUGGGCGGGUCUGGAAGGAGGAUCUGCGGGCCUGCUACGAUGGGACGCUGUUUUGGAAGAUAAGCGAGGAGAGGUCCAAGGGGGGCGGGUGGCGGAAGGGUUACGGUAUCAGCGACUUGGUGUAUAAUUUGUGGAAUAGAGGAACGUGGAAAAGUUGGGAGUCACGAGUCGGAUAGAUGGAUGACUACAAGUUCUUCGGAUUUAUUCAGCUUUAGAAGCUGACAAAGGAGAUCUAUUGAUAUUAAACGUAACUCAAUGAAGGGUAUGACAAACAACGCGUCUACAACAUUGUAUUAUUUUAAACUACCUAGUACACGCAACAUGACAACA